AUGUCGGAUCAACAACAACAACAGCUCCAGCGACAAGAAUCCAAUCAAUCCAACCAACAAGAAUAUGCAGACGAUGAAAAAGCUCCAUUUGAAAAUACCAUUUCCAACGGGAUGAUCAAACCCGGUCAACCAGGUGAUGAUGGCGAUUCUACCAAUGCUAUUCGGGAUGUCGCCUUAAACCCAUUGGGAAAGAGGAAGAAGAUGCUAUCUGAACAGAUCGGUGAAGAAAAUUUGAAACAUGUUGGGAAGAAGGAUGGGAAAGAGGAUAAUGAUUCGGGUUCAUUGAAAAUUAGAAUUCAGUUGGAUUUAGAUGUUGAAGUUCAUUUGAGUGCUAGAGUUAAAGGUGAUAUUACUAUUGGAUUACUCUAA